GCCUCUAAACGAAUUGCAGCGAAGUAAGGUGAUAGUGGGCGUGGCUUCCGAGCACCAAAGUGUGUUGUUUAAAAUGUCUCCUUAACAACAGAACCGAGGGGAGAGAAAAAGGAGAGGUUUCCGUUGGACAAACGCCUCGGGUCAGAAUGGCUGGCACUGGCGAGGGGAAGAAGGAAGAGGACUACAAGAGGCUGCACAGCUUCCCUCUGAUCAGGCACACGGAUAUGCCUGAGGAGAUGAGAGUUGAGACCAUGGAGUUGUGUGUUACAGCCUGUGAGAAGUUUGCCACCAACAAUGAGAGUGCAGCCAAGAUGAUCAAAGAGUCCAUGGACAAGAAAUUUGGCAGCUCGUGGCACGUGGUGAUCGGUGAAGGCUUUGGCUUUGAGGUCACACACGAGGUGAAGAACCUUCUCUACAUGUUCUUCGGUGGAAGUCUGGCCGUGUGUGUAUGGAAGUGCUCGUAGCACCUCCUCGUUUCCGUCCAUCUGUCGUCCCCUGCGCUGCCGCCCUCACUCAGCUACAACUAAACACCAGCCGCCGGUCACAUUUAUGUUGCAGCAAGUCAUUAAAUUUAAGUCAAUCCUUUAACGCCAACCAUUUUGGCAAAAACAAAAAACCCAAACCAUUCUUUUAAAGAUCUUUCGUCCGUUUAAAUGCAAGGAACAUACUUGAAAGGGAAUGAUGUUAACCCAGAUUCACUGUUUUGUUUUUAUAUUUUUCUUUUCGAGUUUUUGGUCUGUGUCGUUCAGAACAUCCGUCACCUGUUAAGUUAGUCCAUGUACGUCGGUCCAACUUUACUAACAAUACAGUCAGCCAGGGUCUCCUAACUCCUUUUUCCUCAUUCCUCUUCAGGGAGUGUGUGUGCGCGCGAGUGAGUGUGUGUGUGUGCACGAGUGUAAGGCAGAAUUUUUUUAUUGUUGUGUGUGCUGGACACACACAGGAUUUUUUUGGAGAUAACACUACAUUGUCACAAACCCUCAGUAAUUUUGUGCAACCGUCCAUGCAGUGUGUACCGUUCCACGUGUGUCUUCUUUCUCUCUGUUUCUCUCAAGCCUUGCUCGUCUUUUUAAUAAACUUGGUAAGGUUUUUUUUAGCUGUACAUAGUUUGACGCCACUUGGACAAAAAAAACUUGUUUUUAAAUAACGGUGUCAUCUUCUUACAACCGAAGGCUCCGUGUCCUCAGAGCCCAGCAAACACUAGGCCUGACUCACCUUUUCUCCCUGUGAAGGUGUUUGUAAUAAUCCCUGCCAAUGAAUGAUGAUGAUGAUGAUGAUGAUAUCAUCCUACUGUGUGAUAUCCGCAAUGUGAUAGAUUCUAGGGCUGUAAUGAUCCAUUGCAUCGGAUCGUUACAUGUGAACUGCUCUGAUUGAACAAUAAAGUCUGAAAUGUGAUAAAAAACAGAUAAAGAGAUAAAAAAC